UUUUUUUUUUUUUUCUAACGCUGUUGACGACUUGAUGAUACGUGCCACGACACCAUGCUAGAUCUCUUUGGGGCUGGUCUCAUUUCUUGCAUACCAGCCAAUACCCCAUUAGCUUUACGACGUUUUGUCUUUUUUUUUUCAACCAAGAGUUGUUCAUACACACAUAUCCGGGAUCUACAUUACCCUUGCCGGGUAAUACAUACACUCUUUCAACCUGCCUGUCCGUCCCUCGCUUUUUCCUACUGUCUCUCCCCCAUCGCAUCUCUCAAUGCUAUGAAGUGGCAGGUUUCACAUACACCAGGCCACACACACGCAUACACAUGUGUAUCACGGUUACACAUCUCUACACUCUCGUCUCAGGUACUACACACACACACCUUUAAGCCAAAGAAAAUGUUGUAUCUAGACAACUACUUUAUGACAAUACUGUACAUAUACCCUCAACUUGCUCUUCUCCACUUGCUUCUUGAUUGCCACAAACCAUUCUAAAUACGAACGUGACUUGAUGCAUCAGGUGGUGGUGGUGGUGGUGGUGAUGGUGGUGGGGACUUUGAGAAAAGAUACUGUGAGUUAAUCGACUGCUCGGAACGGUCCGUCCG